AUAUAUGCAUACGAUUGAGUGGUUGAAUACGUUGUUCACUAGUACAGAAGCUUUAUAGUGUGACGAUUCUAGAGUUAUUUUUACUGGCACACGCAGCGACCAGCUAGCUAGCUAUUAGCUCUGAUCUAGCUCACAGCCUCACACACGUAACCCCUCUAUGUAUAUAUAAAUACAAUGGUUCGUUACCAGGACCGCCGGAGUAGUAGCAAAGCAAUUGCAUAUCAUCACCCAUCGUGCGUCGAUAGACGAUGAUGCCGGAGUCGCAUCCGCAUCCCCACGCGGGGGCGGUGCUGGCGUCGACGUCUAGCCGUCGGAGCCUCAGCUUGGGGUCCUCCAUCUCGCAGUCGUUCCGGCAGAUGGACACGGAGGACCCCUUCGCGCGGUCGCAGUCGGAGCAUGAGCACCGCGACGACGAGGAGAACCUGCGCUGGGCCGCGCUCGAGAAGCUGCCCACCUACGACCGCAUGCGCCAGGGUAUCCUACGCCGGGCGCUCGACCAACAACAAGAGAGCGGCGGCGGCGGCGUCGAGAUCGUCGACAUCCACAAGCUGGCCGCCGGCGACGGGGGCCGUGCGCUCCUGGAGCGCCUCUUCCAGGACGACAGCGAGCGAUUCCUGCGCCGGCUCAGGGACCGAAUCGACAUGGUUGGCAUCGAGCUCCCCACAGUGGAAGUUCGGUACGAGCAGUUGACGGUGGAGGCUGACGUGAUUACCGCCGGGAGGGCCCUCCCGACGCUGUGGAACGCCGCCACCAAUUUUCUUCAGGGUCUCAUUGGACGCUUCGGUUCUUCAAACAAGAGGAACAUCACCAUACUUAAGAAUGUCAAUGGUAUCCUGAAGCCAUCCAGGAUGACGCUUCUUCUUGGGCCUCCAUCCUCAGGGAAGAGCACACUAAUGCGAGCACUCGCUGGCAAACUUGACAAAAAUCUCAAGGUCUCUGGCAGCAUUACGUAUUGUGGCCAUCCAAUUUCAGAAUUCUAUCCUGAGAGGACUAGCGCGUAUGUUGGUCAAUAUGAUCUCCACAAUGCCGAGAUGACUGUAAGGGAGACACUUGAUUUCUCUAGGCGGUGCCUAGGCAUUGGUGCCAGAUAUGAGAUGAUUACAGAACUUGCUAGAAGGGAGCGGGAUGCCGGCAUUAAGCCAGAUCCUGAGAUUGAUGCUUUCAUGAAAGCUACUGCAGUACAAGGACAGGAGACUAAUAUUAUAACAGAUCUCACUCUCAAGGUGCUUGGGCUGGACAUUUGUGCUGAUGUUAUUAUUGGUGAUGAGAUGAUCAGAGGAAUUUCUGGCGGGCAAAAGAAACGUGUGACAACUGGGGAGAUGCUAACAGGGCCAGCAACGGCUUUAUUUAUGGACGAAAUAUCCACUGGUUUGGAUAGCUCGAGCACAUUUCAGAUUGUAAAGUUUAUGAGGCAUUUGGUCCAUGUAAUGAAUGAAACUGUCAUGAUCUCUCUGCUCCAGCCACCGCCAGAGACCUACAAUCUUUUUGAUGACAUAAUCCUGCUAUCAGAAGGAUACAUAGUGUACCAUGGGCCACGCGAGAAUAUCCUGGAAUUCUUUGAGUCUGUCGGUUUCCGGUGCCCUGACAGGAAAGGUGUCGCAGACUUUCUUCAAGAGGUUACUUCCAAGAAAGACCAGCAACAAUAUUGGUAUCUUGAUCAGGAGCAAUAUCAUUAUGUAUCUGUACCCGACUUUGCAGAACGUUUCAAAUCAUUCCAUGCAUGCCAACAGAUGCAGAAGGAGUUGCAAAUACCUUUUGAAAAGUCCAAAACCCAUCCUGCUGCGUUGACCACCAAAAAAUAUGGGCUUUCUAGCUGGGAAUCACUCAAGGCAGUGAUGUCAAGGGAGCAGCUAUUGAUGAAGCGCAACUCUUUCAUCUAUAUUUUCAAGGUCACAGUGUUGAUCAUCCUUGCAUUCGUGUCCAUGACUGUGUUUCUCAGAACAAAGAUGCCCCAUGGGCAAAUUGCUGAUGGCACCAAAUUCUUUGGGGCCCUGACUUUUGGUUUAAUAACGAUCAUGUUCAAUGGGUUCGCUGAGCUACAAUUGACCAUAAAGAAGCUACCAGUUUUCUACAAACAUAGGGAUUUCUUAUUCUUCCCUGCAUGGACCUUUGGAGUGGCAAACAUACUCUUAAAAGUUCCUAUCUCGCUCGUGGAAUCAGUAGUAUGGGUUGUUCUCACAUACUAUGUGAUGGGCUUUGCACCUGCUGCAGGAAGGUUCUUUCGUCAGUUUAUAGCUUUCUUUGCCACACACCAAAUGGCAAUGGCUUUAUUUCGGUUUCUUGGUGCUGUUUUGAAAACAAUGGUUGUGGCCAAUACUUUUGGGAUGUUUGUGCUGCUCAUUAUUUUCAUUUUUGGAGGAUUUGUCAUCCGUAGAAAUGACAUUAAACCUUGGUGGAUCUGGGGUUAUUGGGCAUCACCUAUGAUGUAUAGCCAAAAUGCAAUAUCUAUCAACGAAUUCCUUGCUAGUAGGUGGGCUAUUCCAAACAAUGACACGACUAUUGAUGCACCAACAGUAGGCAAAGCAAUUCUUAAAUCCAAAGGCUUGUUUACUGAAGAAUGGGGAUUUUGGCUUUCCAUUGGAGCCCUUAUAGGAUUCAUUAUUUUGUUCAACAGUCUCUACCUUUGGGCCCUUACAUAUUUAAGUCCUAGUAGUGGCUCCAAUGCCCUAGUUUCAGAAGGUGAAGAUGAUGUAAAUGAAAUAGCAUUGAAAGAAAGAAGCAGAGAUGCAAGAAGCGAAGAUGAAAUAUCCCAAGUUGUAUACGGGGAUCUAGGUGCAAACACAUGCACUAAUGGAGCAACAAACACACUAGUUCAGUCACGAGUCACUUUGCCUUUCCAGCCUCUUUCACUUUGCUUUAACCAUGUAAACUAUUACGUCGACAUGCCUGCGGAAAUGAAGGAACAAGGAUUCACAGAAAGCCGUUUACAACUGCUCUCUGAUAUCAGUGGUGCUUUUAGGCCAGGGGUUCUAACAGCAUUAGUUGGUGUGAGUGGAGCUGGAAAGACCACUUUAAUGGAUGUCCUGGCAGGAAGGAAAACUAGUGGAGCCAUUGAAGGAGAUAUUACCCUGUCCGGAUACCCCAAAAAACAAGAAACUUUUGCCCGGAUUAGUGGUUAUUGUGAACAAACCGAUAUCCAUUCUCCGAAUGUUACUGUAUUUGAAUCCAUCACGUACUCUGCAUGGUUGCGUCUUUCCUCGGAUAUUGAUGAUGGUACGAAAAAGAUGUUUGUGGAGGAAGUGAUGGCCCUUGUAGAGCUUGAUGUGUUGUGCGACGCUCUUGUGGGUCUCCCUGGAGUUAGUGGGUUAUCAACUGAGCAAAGAAAAAGGCUGACAAUUGCUGUGGAGCUGGUAGCAAACCCUUCGAUCAUCUUCAUGGAUGAGCCAACUUCUGGUCUUGAUGCUCGAGCUGCUGCGAUUGUCAUGCGUACAGUAAGAAAUACGGUUAACACUGGACGUACUGUGGUCUGCACAAUCCAUCAGCCAAGCAUCGACAUAUUUGAGUCUUUUGAUGAGCUACUGCUUUUGAAACGUGGAGGUCAGGUUAUUUAUGCUGGUGAACUUGGUCGCCACUCUCACAAAUUAGUUGAAUAUUUUGAGGCGAUUCCAGGUGUUCAAAAGAUCACAGAAGGAUAUAAUCCUGCAACAUGGGCGCUGGAAGUUAGCUCUCCUCUAUCCGAGGCUCGAUUGAACAUGAAUUUUGCUGAAAUUUAUGCUAACUCUGUGCUUUAUAGGAAAAAUCAAGAGCUCAUCAAGGAGUUGAGUGUUCCCUCACCAGACUACCAGGACCUGUCAUUCCCUACAAAAUAUUCGCAGAAUUUCUACAACCAAUGCGCCGCGAACUUUUGGAAGCAAUACCGUUCCUAUUGGAAGAAUCCGCCCUACAAUGCUAUGCGCUACCUGAUGACAUUUCUCUUCGGCCUUGUAUUUGGUACAGUGUUCUGGCAAAAAGGAAAGAACAUAGAUUCACAGCAAGAUUUAUAUAAUCUACUCGGAGCCACUUACGCUGCUACCUUCUUUCUGGGGGCUUCAAAUAGCAUCACGGUUCAGCCUGUUGUAUCAAUUGAGCGAGCAGUGUUCUACCGUGAGAAGGCAGCGGGGAUGUACUCUCCAUUAUCCUACGCAUUUGCUCAGACGUGCGUGGAGGUGAUCUACACCAUCUUACAGGGGAUACUGUACACAGUCAUCAUAUAUGCGACGAUCGGAUACGACUGGAAAGCGGAUAAGUUCUUGUACUUCCUGUUUUUCAUGACCGCGUGCUUCAACUACUUCGGGUUGUUCGGCAUGAUGUUGGUAGCGUGCACUCCCUCCGCAUUGCUCGCCAACAUUCUCAUCACGUUUGCUCUGCCUCUUUGGAACCUCUUCGCUGGAUUCCUCAUCGUUAGACCGGCAAUACCAAUUUGGUGGAGGUGGUACUACUGGGCGAACCCCGUGUCGUGGACCAUCUACGGCGUUGUUGCGUCUCAGUUCGGCGAGAACCAAGGCGAGCUUUCAGUUCCCGGUGGGAAGCCCGUGGUGGUGAAGCAGUUCUUGAAGGAUAAUCUCGGCAUCCAGCAUGACUUACUCGGCUAUGUCGUGCUAGUCCAUUUCGCCUACAUCAUUGCGUUCUUCUUCGUUUUCGGUUAUUCCAUCAAGUUCUUCAACUUCCAGAAACGUUAGCUGCACCUCUACUCUCUGCUGUCUCACACGGACGGUCAUUUGUAAUCUACUUUCUCGUACGUCGAAGCAAAUGCUUGUUUGGGAAGCCUGUUUGCAAGUAGCCAAGUACUAGUAUAUUCUCCUCUAGCAUGUUCCUUCAAUGGAAAAUGUUAAAAAAAGAUGACGAAUACAUAAAGUGACAUCUUUGUUUAGA